UAUUAAAUUCAUUUUUUAUAAUUUGUCACUAUCUAAGAUUGUUUCUAAGCCUAUGAAAAGAAAAUUGCGUAGAAGAGCUGCAAAAGCUGUCAUGAAAAAACUUAAAGCCGAUGAAUUGCAAAUGAAAAUCAAUAAGAUAUAUGUAUAAUCUUCGGAUAAUAGUUCAGAGGUAUCAUCAAAUAUUGAAGAAAAUUUAGUGUUGUCAGAUGUUGCUAAUGAUGAAUGCUAUUGUGAUGUUCCUGAAGAAAGUAAUAAUAGUGAUACAUCUGUACAAGUUGAACUGGUUGCUGAACAUAUUGUGUCUGAUUCACAGAGUGAAUUGAGUGAGAAUCCACAGUCUGAUAGAAGUGAAGUCGAAAAUGAGAAUGCGAUGGUUUUUAAAAAUGUUGCUCAAAUAGAACAAUUUGUUAUUGAAUCACUUCGAGCGUGGACUUCUGAAUCAGGUGUCCUUUCUAUGUUAAAAGUCGAUAAUUUAUUAAAACGUCUCAGUGUUGGUUUCCCUAAUAUGCCUAAAAGUUACAAAACACUUUUGAAAAGUAAUAUUAAUCCAGAAAUAAAUAUCUGUCAAAAUGGAGAGGAAUAUUGGUACAAAGGUGUUAGAGCUAACUUGGAUCAGUUAUUACAAGAUUAUUUGCAAGUUCAUAAAAAGAUUAUAAUUGAUAUUAAUAUUGAUGGUUUGCCGCUCUUUAAAAGUUCCAAACUUAAAUUUUGGCCAAUUUUAGGGCAUCUUGUUGGGACUCUAAAUGAACCUUUUAUUAUUGCCAUUUACUGUGGAAAAAGUGAUCCUCAGAAUAUUGAAGAAUAUCUAGAAAAAUAUGUAACUGAAUUAGAAGAUUUAUUUCAUAAUGGCUAUAAAUAUGAGAGCAACAAUUAUGAAGUUAUAAUUAGAAAUUAUAUUUUAGACGCUCCUGCAAGAGCAUUGAUUAAAUGUUGUAAGGGACAUUCAGGUUACGCAGCUUGUGAGAAGUGCACCGUCAUUGGAGAAUACAAUAACCACAGGAUUACUUUCAUAGACCUUAAUCAAUCUCUCCGUACAGAUGAAUCUUUCAGAAAUCGCGAGCAACCUCAACAUCACGAAGGAACGUCACCACUUGAAAGAUUAGGAACUGGGCUUGUAUCGCAAUUUCGUCUUGAUCCAAUGCACCUUCUAUAUAUUGUUUGUUGUAUUAAAAUUUUUGCCAACAAAUAAGGAUCCAGAUACAUAUUUUGAUGUUGGUUUAAGAAAGUGGAUUUGCACAGAUCUUGAUGAUGAAAUGUGCGGAAAAACAUAUUGGCCCCCUAAUUCAAACUCUGUAACACAACUAGUAAAAACCGAAGAAUCUUUUAAAACUAAUUGGCCAAAACACGAUGUGGAAGUGAAGAGAUUUUACAAUACUUAUCCAAAAGCCCGUGCAGCUAUUUCUGGAUUCCUUGCUGAUUCUAAUUAUAAAACUGAGAUAGAGCAAUACAUGGGUCGAGGGAAAAGGAGGAAAAAGAGUCGACAAAUUACAUCAUCAGACAGUGAUUCUAAUUCUAAUGUCUCAUUAAAAUUAACGACGAAAAUUAUUCCUGCUCCUCCUCCUGUGUUUCUCAAGAAAGCUUUCUCCAACACUCAACACUGUGAUAGUGAUUCAAAUUCCAAUACUUCUUCAAAACUGAUGAAGAGGAAUGUUUCUGCUUCCUCUACUAUUAAGUUAAGUGAGGUUGAAAAACUUCAAGAAGAAAAGUUUGAAGAAACAAACGUAAAUAAAAGGGUAAAAACAAAAAGGCCAUUCUCUAAACAUUCUAACGUGAACUUGACAGGAAAAGAAAUUCAAAUAGCAAAAGAAAUUGCGGCCUCGAAAAUGAAAAGGCCAGAAUUAUUAACCUCAUUAAGCAAGACUAUAAAAAGUCCAUUAAAACCUGUGUCAUCAUCUGUGUCAAUAUCUUCUCCAACUUCUUUCAAUUCACUGUUUACAAAUAGUCCUGCUAAUUCUGAUACAAGUGCUGUUCAAGAAGAAGAAAAUCUUUUUUCAAAUGUACAAUCACCGAUGCAAAAUACAAUACCUGAAGACAAUUUGUUUAUUCAUCCAACUUCAACGCAAGAUUCUAUAACAACCGAUAAUUUUAAUCGUAAUUCUAAGAACAUCAGCAGUGACUCAAACUGCGAACAUUCAUCAAAAUUAUCUAAUUCAAGCACUUCCCAUCGUACGUACGGACGAACAACAUUUAAAGAGCAGUUGCAUAAUAAGAACAAAGAGGAGACAUUAAGCUUAUUCAAAACGAAACUUGACAGAACACUUGUUAUAGUAGAAGAAGUUUCUGGAAAGCUAGAUAUUCUCAACAUGAACAUGAGCAAGCUCAUGAGAGUUAUAAUACCUUCAGAAAAGAGAAUUUCGCGUCCUGAAAAAAUGCCAGCAUUACCGCUUAACACAAAACAAGAUUUAGAAGAAUUUAACAAAUUCUUGGAAGCGGAUCAUAAUUUAGCUGCUGCUUGUCAUUACAUGUCUAAUUAUAUGAAGUUAAGCGUGAAGAAUCCCGAAAGGAAAAGCGCAACAAAUAUGCUAACAAAAUUACUCUCUAAUACACUGGCAAGUGAAAUAAAUUGUGACGGAGGUAAUGGGAAAAUUGCUUUCAAAUCGCUUAAACUUUAUGAUUUGUUUCAAGGAACUCUUCAAAUAGCUUUUUCGAAUAGUGAUCUUACUGAAGCAAAUGCAGCUUUGGCUGGGUGGUUAAAAGAUGCAAAAUGGCGCAAGCAGUGUGACGGCAGUUUGGGAAAUAGGAAGAAAAAAUCUUAAAAUUACGACUGAACAACAGUAGUGUUUCUAUAAAUAAUAUAUCAAAUGUUUAAUUACUUAUAUAUGGGUUCAUGAAUAUAUCAACUUUUCUUGCAUAAGCAUUUUGCACAGAACAGUAUGGGAUUAUUUGUGCUUUGAUAAGAUUAUUUUUAUACUUUAAAGAAAAUGUGAUUGUUAUUUUAUGGCAGAGUCUUUGAUAAGAUUACGUUUUAUACAACUCUUUAAAGAAAAUGUGAUUAUUUUAUUUAAA